UUUGUUCACUAGCAUCUUUGUAUUCUUUCAACUCUUCAUAUUUUUCUAAUACUUUUUAAUCGCCACGUAUUUGUCCGCCGAUAAAUGAUAAUAAUAAAAAUUGUAGUCUAUAAGACAAAUAAAUUCAUUUUUUAAAACUAAGAAAUGUGGACAAAUAUCUGAAAAAUAACUGAUUACAUCAAUUUUGUUACAAAUAGUAAAAAUUAUUUUUUAUAUAUGUAUAUAUAUUUAAAAAAUUAGGAAGAGUUUAUACAUGGAGCUUUAGUCUCCUGCUAGCAUAAACAUCAUGUUUACAUAAUGUUUUAGGAGCAUAACAUAACCAAUUUAUGCCCUUAAAACCAUUAGUAUACCACAUCUGCUUGUAACUAUUUGUUCAAGAUAUAAUUUAAUAGUUAAAAAGAUAAAAUUUAACUAUUUAUAAAAUUAGGUUGUAAAAUUAAAAAUCUUCGUAAGGGAAAAAAGUUUAUCAGCAAUACCACGUGUCCCGUGAUUGUCAAAUCAUGAUUUUUUCAUGAACACAUAACUACAUUUUCUUUUUGUUUGAUUACGAAACCAAAGUCAAUCUUACAAAUGGUUCAACAACACAAGUUCGUUUGUUAAACUGAGAUUUACACUUUGGCUCCACACCGAGACGCGAUGUAAUCAUAAGCAAGUGGUUUACAAUUUGCAGUUGUGUCUAUAUGAGUUGUCAAAAAUGCCACAUCACAAUUUGAAAAAGAAAAAAAACAGAGAAGCUUCUUGAUUAUAUUAACUGUCCAUGGCGGACAUCGACAUCGGAACAGCAGCAGGAGGAGACAACGGAGGAGGAGGAGGAGGAAGACGAGAGCCGUUGAUCAACCGUGAAAGCAAGUUCACGCGCUGCGUCUCACACGCGCAAGACGAGCUCCAGAGUUUCCGGAAGUAUCUGAGAUGGAUGUGCGUGGAUCAGUCGAGCCCCUGGACGGCGGUUCUCUCUUGGUCCAUGUUCGUCGUUUUCACGAUCGUGGUUCCCGCCACGUCUCACUUCAUGCUCGCUUGCGCUGACUGCGAUAGUCAUCACUCGAGGCCGUACGAUUCCGUAGUUCAGCUUUCUCUAAGCAGCCUCGCUGCUCUUUCUUUCAUCUGUCUCUCGAGAUUCGUCAGCAAGUAUGGUCUCCGACGGUUCCUCUUCUUCGAUAAGCUUUGGGACGAGAGCGAGACUGUUCGAAGAGGAUACACCAAUCAGCUCAAUAGAUCGGUAAAGAUUCUGUCCUACUUUGUCACACCUUGUUUCUUAGCGAUGAGUUCAUACAAGAUCUGGUGGUACGCUUCAGGAGCUUCUCAGAUUCCUUUCCUCGGUAACGUUAUCUUGAGUGAUACGGUCGCUUGUGUUAUGGAGCUCUGUUCAUGGCUUUACCGUACUACCGUGAUCUUCUUGGUUUGUGUCCUGUUCCGUCUCAUUUGUCAUCUUCAGAUCCUUAGGCUCCAAGACUUCGCUCAAGUCUUUCAGAUGGAUUCGGACGUUGGUUCAAUCUUGUCUGAACAUCUCCGCAUCAGACGUCACCUGAGGAUCAUAAGCCAUCGAUACAGAACCUUCAUAUUGUUGUCUUUGAUUCUUGUCACUGGAAGCCAGUUUUACUCUCUGCUUAUCACCACUAAGGCGUAUGCUGAAUUGAAUAUCUACCGAGCUGGAGAACUCGCACUAUGUUCAAUGACGCUACUCACUGCGCUGCUCAUUCUACUACGAAGUGCUUCAAAAAUCACACACAAGGCUCAGGCAGUGACUUGCCUUGCAGCCAAGUGGCAUGUCUGCGCGACAAUAGAGUCCUUUGAGACAGUUGAUGGAGAGACACCAAGGUUAGUUGAUAGAUCAAGCGGACACGGGUACUAUGCAACAGAUGUUGAUGCUGGAGAUUUAGACGACAGUGAGGAUUAUGGAGACGAAGAAGAUGAUUUUGAUAACAAUGAUCUCAUCCCUGCUUAUGCUUAUAGCACCAUAUCAUUCCAAAAACGACAAGCUCUUGUGAAUUACUUUGAGAAUAAUAAAGCAGGAAUCACAGUGUUUGGGUUUACACUUGAUAGAAGUACUCUUCAUACGAUAUUUGGGAUUGAAAUGUCACUUGUUCUCUGGCUUUUGGGUAAGACCAUUGGGAUCUCUUGAAGCAUUAUUCCUUGGAUCAUCAAAGUUUUGGCUCACUUAUUGGGUGAUAUUGCUUACAUAUGUGGGUGUACACAGAGGCUCUUUGUAACAUAUACUAUUUCCUAAUUUUUUUGAUCAUUUGUAAAUCAUCUUGUUUGUUCUUUAAUGCGUUGAGUUUGUAACAAGUUUCAUAUGAUCAACGAGAGAACUUUACAGUAAACUAGAUUGGUCUUACAAAGCUCCAUAUCUUUGUUGUCUAUGUUUUGUGAGUUUGAACUUGUUAUAUUUGACUUUGUGAUUUUGCUUUUUGAAUCUGUUUUCCUUGUUAA